UUUUAACCCGCCGGUUGCUGAAGCAGCAAUGGCGACGCGGGCUGGCAUCUGGGGCCAUGACGCCGAUACGAGCAGCGACAGCGACGACGGCGUCGCCUUCCGGACGCUUGCGCUCGAGGACGACGAAGACGAUGACGAGGAGUAUGCGCCGUCAGAAGCCUCGGACGCUGGCGUGGACGACGUCGAUGACGACGACGACGACGACGACGAGGUGGACGAGGCCAUGAUCGACGAGACGCUCUGGGCCGACGAAGCCGACCGCGUCAAGUGGGAGAGGUGGUUCGAGCGUGAAAAUGCCAAGUGGAAGCGCCAGCACGGCUUGCGCAUUGACUCGGAGGCGCAGCCAUUGGCGCGUGCGCGCUUGGACGCGGAGCUGCGCCGGGGCCGAUGGCGCCGGCUCUGCUUCUUCCUUGGUUUCGUCAUUUGCGCUGUCCAAGGAUGGCUCGUCUAUCAAGUGCACUCGGAGGACGUGACGCUCGCCGAAGCAUGGACGCGCCUCGAGGCCCUUGGGGCGAAAGUAUUGCCGUCGCUCUACUCGGCGCUGCAUGAGGCGACAACGGUGGACGAGUACAGCGUUGACCGAGCUGUUCCGAGCGACGACGGCAGCAACAUCAAGACCCAAGACGACGCAGACGCGGAAGACGCGCCCGUGACCUCGAACCUGGACGAGCCCGAAACGACGCCCGACGCCUCCGAGGCGGUGCCACCGACGCCCGACGCCACAACGGCCGAGGACGUGCCAUCGGCAGCGGUUGAGAUUCAAGAUGUUGCGGCUAGUACGCCUGAGGUCGACAAUGCCAUGGCGCAGGUGUCCACCGACGACGAGACGACGGUCAGUGAGCCUGUGGUCGAAGUCGCUGUCACGAUCGACGGCGAUGCUGCCCUUUCUACCACCGCCGCCGCCGACUCGCUCUCUGCUGACGGCAAUGAGCUGCUGGAUGAGGAGCCGACACCCGAUACGCGUGCUGCUCUGGAUGGCACGAACGACGACCGAGCUCUCGAGACACCACACGAGCUCGAGCCGGCAACUGUACAGGGUGCAGUCGACGAGCUCGAUGCCGCAGACAUAAGAGCCGCCGUUGCACCAACCGAAACCACGGCGGUCGACGAUGUCAAACCCACAGCAGAUGAGGAUCCCGAGUCCACGACAGAGGUCGACGAUGCCUCGAGUCAGCACGAUGACGAGGCAGUAGCAGCCGAGAUGAUGGAGCCGACGGCCGUCGACCCGGCGCCUAUUGAAGGCGCACUGACGGCCUGUACGGCAUCGCUCCAAGCGAUGGUGCGCGCCAACUAUACAGACGCGACCAAGUCGAUGGCCGAAGCAGCAUGUGACGCGGCGCGCGUGGCGUCGUUGCCGUGGCCGGAGCUCCACCAACGAGCGUGGACCCGGCAAGGCGAUCGAAAAAACUUGGUGCGCGAUUUCGCAGGGGCGCAAGACGACUAUAUACGUGCGCUGUCGGUGUUUCCAUCGACCCCAUCGAGUUCGCUGUCGCUCAAGCUCACGUCGACGCGCUGGCUCGUCCUGUACAUCGAACGGCGCGUCGACAUGCUGCAGACCGAGUGCGACGCGUACCUGGAGGCGCCUCAUCACGUGUCGGAGCUACAACACAUUGCUCGCAGCUGGCUCCAAGUGCUUGCCUCCGAUGCGAGCGAGGUUCAACACGAGGAAGCGACGAACGAGCACCUCAAGGACGUGCUCGUCGAAACCCGAAAACUCAUCUUGCUGUGAGCCCGUGCCAUCGUCGCACCGUUUACAUAGCCCUACGCGAUCAAUAGAGCUGUAUACUGCGUACUACACA